AUGUAUGAAGCCUCUUCCCCACCCUUCUGUCGGCUGAUUACCACCGUUCUCUCGCAGGAAUAUGAGUCCCCCACCCAGGCCAACGGCCACGGCCCUCUUGCCGACGGCCACGAGGACAAGAUCGAUUGGGAUUACUUCAUCAGUGACAGCGGUCGCAAGUGGACCCCUUCUGCUAGUCAGUACAAUCUCCCCCCUCUCCUCCCUCUCCCCUGGGCUCCGACCUUAUCUUAUCGCCGGCGCAAGUCAGCUGACCCGUCCUCGCUCCAUCUCUUUCCCACCUUUGACUCACGACCUCCUUGGCGCACCAAAAUUCAUUUUUCUUGCUCGCCUUCUCUUGGUUUUCGCCGCGAUUCUCCGAGCACAGUCCGAGGUCUGUUUCACCGAGAGGAAAUUCCGGGCAUGAUCUCUUUCCUCGCCGGUAAACCCAAUCCGACCACCUUCCCCUUCUCUUCGAUCUCGGUGAUGCUUAAGCCGAUCGUCCCAACCGCUGAACCCGAGACGCUCGUCGUCGAGGGGGAGAACCUCAACGAGAGCUUGCAGUACGGUCCUACCGCAGGUUUGAAGAAGUUGGUUAAUUGGUUGGAGGAUUUGCAAGUGAUGAAGCAUUCGAGGAAAAAGGAUGGAAGUUGGGGCGUUAGUAUCGGUAGUGGCAGUCAGGAUCUGAUCAACAAGGUGCGUCGGGUCGGGUCGAGGAGAAGAUAGGGGUGGAGUGUCGCGGGGAUUGCAGAGGCUGACUGGCCUAAUUAUACGGCAGGCCUUCCACUCUUUGGUCAAUGAGGGCGACACCGUCUUGGUCGAGACACCCCUCUAUUCGUGAGUGCCUCGUCGCAUGGGGAUCGGACCCGGAAAACCUUGCCAGUGCUGAGUUCGCCAUUCACCCGUUCUACGCGCAGUGGGACCAUUGGUCUGCUUCAGCCCAUGUCGUGCGAUUUGGUCGGUGGGUGGACAACCCAUUAGUAUUCUCUCGAGGUUCCCUACUACAAUGUUGCUGACAACAUUCCGCGACGUCCUCGUAGAAAUUCCAACCGACGCCCAGGGUAUCAACACCCCCGUGCUCGAGGACAUGCUGGCCAACUGGGCGACCCUGCACCCGAACAAGCGCUUUCCCAAAAUCAUCUACACGAUCCCGACCGGCUCGAACCCUACCGGAUGCUCGUCCCCGCUCGAACGUCGCGUACACCUGCUCAAGCUCGCGCGCCAGUAUAACCUGCUGAUCCUCGAGGACGACGCUUACCACUACCUUGUGUUCGAUGUGACGAACCAGCCCCCCUCGUACUUUGAUCUUGAGGCGCAGAAUGGGGGCCAGACGGGUCGUGUCCUUCGUUUCGACUCGCUGAGCAAGAUCAUCAGUUCGGGUUAGUCCUCGAGGCCGUGUCCCAAGAACUGGCAAAUAUUUUGACCUCUCACUGACAUGAUUCCGCCCUGGGUGGUUGCUGACCUUCCAGGCAUGCGAUUGGGUUUCGUCUCGGGUGCCAAGGAGCUGUUGAGGAUCAUCGACCUGAACACGGCCAACACCAACCUGCAACCGGCCUCAACGACGCAAUCGAUCGUGCUCGUCCUGCUCGAGCGGUGGGGGCACCAAGGUUUCAUCGAGCAUACGCGGCGCGUCUCGGCGUUCUACAAGGAGAAGCGGGACAUGUUUGAGAAGGCGGCUCGAAAGCACUUGGGAGGGUUGGCCGAUUGGGUCACGCCUGAUGCGGGCAUGUUUGUGAGUGGUUGGGCUCCUUUUCACAAAGGAGAAGCGUCGGUGCCGUUAGCUGAUCGUCUCGUGAAUGCUGUCCCGCCACAGUUGUACCUGAACCUGCACCUCACCUCGAACGAAAGUUCGGGCGAUUCGAACGAACUCAUUUCCAAGAAGGCGCUCGAAAAGGGAGUUCUCGCUGUACCAGGCGUUGGGUUCUCCCCUUCAGGAUCGAUCAGUUCGUCCGUGCGCGUGUCGUUCUCUUUGGCGACAGAGGAGGAUGCAGAUAAAGGAUUUGCGAGGUUGGCCGAGGCCGUGAGGGAGGCGAGGGCCGCGGCCAGGGUCGUAGACGAGUAG